AUGCCAUAUGUGCCCCGUGGUGCGCAGCAACCUCAACACCAGCAGCAACAUCAUCAUCACCAUCACGUCGGUUCUCCAGCUCUGAGGGAAGCAGGAGGUCUCCAAGAUGUUCAUCACCAGCCGUUACUUCUCAACCCACAUCAGAUGGUCCCCUCACCAAUGUCUUCUCAUUAUGGCUCCAAUCCGCUUCAUUUUCAAGCGCAGCGCACCAACAAACGGCCUAGAUUAGACGGGGGAGACGGCAGUGAAGAUGACCAUCGGCUGGGUCUACAUCUUGGAAUGCUCAAACCGGACUCACAUGCGGACGGUACUCCGUCCCCAGAGAUGCUGUUAUCGGCACAUGGAGACCAACAGCGAGCAACGGCACACGCCUUUGCGCUGCCACCGCCUAUACACCCGCAACAGUCGCAACAACACCAUCAUCAUCGCUUACCAAACCAGGCAGUCAUGCAUACAAUGCAACAGCCUGGUGGCGAUAUCAACUCAACUCCUGUGCCUUCCGGCCUACCAAGUGUGGUGGGACAAGCAGGCAUGCCUGAUCCGGCUCCUCGCCCACGUGGACCAAAGCUUAAAUUCACACCGGAGGAAGACGCGUUGUUGGUGGAAUUGAAAGAGCACAAGAACUUGACGUGGAAGCAAAUAUCCGAUUUCUUUCCGGGAAGAACCAGUGGGACUCUACAAGUGCGGUACUGUACAAAACUGAAAGCCAAGGACACGGUUUGGACAGAUGAAAUGGUUCAACGAUUACGGAACGCGAUUCAGGAUUAUGAGAAUGACCGCUGGCGGAUCAUAGCAGGCAAAGUUGGGCACGGUUUCACACCGGCAGCUUGUCGAGAAAAAGCAACGGAGUUAUAA